AUGGAUCGCGAAAUUAAAACACAAAUUGUCCAAACGUGCACGUCCCAACAGCUUCGACGAAAAGUCCUUCGUACUGAAAUGACUCUCCAACAACUUUUAGAUCAAGGCCGAGCCUACGAAUUAUCACACCAACAAGCUCAGGAAAUGGAAAAUAACAACACAGAAUCAGUCGACCAGAUGGAAACUGCUCCGACACGAAAUUACUUUUCGAAGAACUUCAACUCACAACGUCAAGGACAAAGACAAGAAUCAACGAAACUAUGUUAUUUUUGCAGCAAACCCUACCCUCAUCCUGGCGUAUGUCCAGCAAAAGGGAAAACGUGUCGACUUUGCGGGAAGUUGAAUCACUUUGCCGUCGCAUGCCGUUCAUCUCCACAAAAACAACAACAUCGCCACCAUGAAAGUGACAAACGUCAGACGGUUAAAUAUGUAAACGAAGAAAACGCAAGUGACAUUACCAGUGAACACUCCGAGUCGGAUGAAUAUACGUUUAUGGUGCAAGAUACAGACGAAAAUACCAAACAUCCAAUGGUUAACUUACGGAUUCAAGGCCUAGCCAAAGUUAAAUUUAUUAUUGACACUGGAGCGACAGUUAAUUUACUCGAAGAAAAGGAUUUUGAAGCCCUCAAACCGGAAAUAAAAUUGCAACACAGUUCUAUCCACAUCUACCCCUACAAGUCCGAUAAGCCCCUCCGUGUCCUUGGAAAGUUUACUGCUACUGUAGAAUCGCGGAAACGAAUUGAUGCUGCCGAUUUUUUGUCGUUAGCAACAACCGUCGCCUUGGAGGUUCUUUGUUAUCCUACAAUACUGCAAAGCAUCUUGGUUUGA